AUGGCGUCCACGGACUUGACGGCUACCGUGGGCAAGUACCUCGACCGGCACAUGCUCCUGCCCCUGCUCGACUUCCUGGGAUCGAAGAAGAUCUUCCCCGACUCGGAGCUCGACGCCGCGCGGCUGCAGGUGCUGGAGAAGACAAACAUGGUCGACUUUGCGAUGGAGAUCUACACAAAGCUGAACCAGGGAGAGGUGCCCGCCGAGAUGCGGGCGAAGCGCGACGAGGUGAUGACCGCCCUCACGGCGCUGCAGCUCGAGGUUGGCCCGCUGUACCAGAUCGUCUCGGACGGGCCGCUCGUCGCAAACCUGCGCGCGGAGCGGUGCUUCACGCCGGCGUUCCUGCUGGAGCAGCACAGCGUGACCGCGGAGCACGUCGCGGCGCUGGGCAAGUACGCCAAGUUCACCUACGACUGCGGCAACUACGGCGCCGCUGCGAGCAUGCUGAGCUGUUUCCGGCUGCUGACCAGCUCUGCCGACGAGGCCUUCUCGGCACAGUGGGGGAAGCUUGCGUGCGACAUCCUGAACGCCGAGCCGCCGCAGGUCACGUCCUUUCUGGACGACCUCUACGGCAGCGCAAACUUUGAGAGCGCGCAGGAGCGGCUGGCGGCGUGCGCGGCGACGCUCGACUCCGACUUCUUCCUCUGCAACGCCGAGGGCGACUUUGUCAAGUACGCGCGCCUCCACCUCUUCGAGGGCUACUGCCGCAUCCACGAGCGGAUCGACCUCGGCUCCCUCGCGCAGAAGCUUGGCACACGCCGCCCUAGAUCCGCACACACGCCCUCUCGCAUGGAGCGGAUCGCCGCCGAAAAGUGGAUCGUCAAGAUGGUCUCGGACGCGCAGCUCAACGCAAAGAUCGACUCAAAGUCUAGCCACGUCAUCCUCGGCGCCCAGCCGCCCGACGUGUACCAGCAAGUCAUCGAGAGGACAAAGGGCCUCUCCUUCCGCUCCUACGUCCUCGCACAGAACCUGCAGCAGCGCGAGCAGCAGGCAGCGCGCGCGGCCAAAGUCGAGCUGCAGGAGGCGGCGGCGGCCGCGGCGCAGUGA